UGCGUAAAAUAAUGGAAGGUAUAUUGAAAAUAUAAGUUUUGUUUUCAAUUAUUCUUUGUUUCCUAAAUUUGUAUUUAAUUAUUUGUAGCAAUAAGGGGGUUUGUGGGUUGUUUGCUCACGCCAAGAUUUUUUUUAAAUUAUGUUCGAAAUCAACGAUAGGAAUAAAACUUUUGAGGUUUGAGAAUCGUUAAACGUUUUCCAUGAGACAUAUAUCUUAAAAUAUUCUUAAAAAGAAAUAUAAAUGGUCGGUUCCAGAACUGCAAGAAUGUGAAAGUUUUUACUUUGACAACCGAUUUUCCCUUUAUGAUAUCGAUAAAUAUAGCAAAAAUAGCAGAUUCUUGCAGGUUCUGGAACAGAGCAAAAGCUGCUUGGUUUUAGAAAGGAAAUCCCCUUUCUCAGAUAUUUAAAAAUAAAUAUUUUGUAAACAAAACAAACACUCAAUUCCCCGAUGACGUGAAAUGGCUUCUUUCGCUUGGAGAGAAAUUUGGACUUCCAACAACAAAAUCACAAUUCCCACUAUUUAAACUAAUAGCAGACGGCGAAGACGUAAUACAAACAUGGAAUGACAAAGAACAACAAGAAAUGAUGAGGACAAAGUUCACAACAAUGAUAGACACACAUAUGAAUAAGAUGAAAGAGAGUGAACGAGAUAAAUUUAUCAACAGCACAGUGGGCCGCACCAAAACUUUUUUGAAACAAAAUAAAAAUAUAUUAAUUUUAAAUGCUGACAAAGGAAAUGUUACGGUUGCAAUGGACAUUAAUGACUACAAACAGAGGAUGAACAGUAUUAUUUCAGAUAUGAUGACAUAUCAACGGGUGAACAAAGAUCCAACAACAGGUUUGAUAAAAAAGAAUAAUGAACUGGUGGAGGAGCUAUACAAAAACAACAUUAUUACGACAAUGGAAAGGAAAAAACUCAGAAGUGACGUGGCUACAGCUCCAAGAUUGUAUGGACUACCAAAAAUCCACAAGGUAGAUUUCCCGUUACGCCCGAUCUGUUCUUCAAUCAAUUCUCCGUCGGAAGAACUGUGCAAAUAUGUGGUUAAAAUUUUAAAAAAUCUUACCAAAUUCUCCAAAUAUAACGUUCAAGACUCAAUGGCGUUCAAAAACAAAGUUAAAAAUAUGACGAUUAAAGAAAAUGACAGGAUGGUUUCGUUUGACGUAGUAUCACUCUUCCCAAGCAUACCGAUAGAUCUUGGUAUUCGAAUAAUCGACGAAAGGUGGGAAGAACUAAAAGAAUACACAAAUAUGACAAAGGGCCUAUUUUUAAGUAUUCUAAAAUUUUGCAUUAAAGACAACCGAUAUUUCAAAUACGACGACAAGAUAUAUAAACAAAAGAAAGGACUGCCAAUGGGUUCACCAGCUUCUCCAGUUGUGGCGGAUAUAGUCAUGGAGAAACUCUUAGACACCUGCAUGGAAAAACUGACAACAAAACCCAAAAUAUUAACGAAAUACGUGGACGAUCUUUUUGUGAUAACUGGGGAAGAUGCAAUCAAUGAUACAUUGAAUAUACUUAACAGUUUCAGCAACAAUAUCAAAUUCACCAUGGAGGAUGAAAUGAAUGGAUGUUUACCAUAUCUAGACACAAUAAUAUAUAGAAAUAAGGACAAAUUAGAAUUAGACUGGUAUCAGAAACCCACGGCAUCGGGAAGAAUUAUAAAUUUCUUUUCGAAACAUCCCAAGCAAAUGAUUAUAAACACUGCAAAAAAUUUAGUACAUAGAGUAAUGAGCAUUAGUGACGAGAAAUUCCAUAACAAGAACAAACACAAAAUCCGAGAUAUUCUAACAAACAACAAUUUUCCAAUAAGAAUAAUAAAUAGAUUAAUAGGACGACGGAAUACUACUAGAGAAACCCAAAAAGAUGAAAAGAUAUAUAAAUCUAUGAUUUACGUACCAAAUUUAUCAGAACGAUUCCAGAACUCAAAUUUAUAUGACAAGAACAAAUAUAUAAUAGCCCAGAAAAACAACAACACUCUCAAAAAGCUAUUUAGCCAUACAAAAGACAAAAUACAAAAUCCUGAUAAACACAAUGUGAUAUACCAAAUACAAUGCGAUGGCAACCCUAACGAAAAAUGUGGGAAAUAUUAUGUUGGUACCACAAAAAAUAAAUUGAAAACUAGACUAUCAGCCCAUAAGUCUGAUUUAAAAAUGAGAAACCAAAAUUACACACAAAAAACAGCGCUUGCGGAACACUGUAUAUCAAGCAACCAUCAGCCAAACCUUGAACAAGUAAAAAUACUGCAAACGGAAAACCAUUACCACAGAAGACUCACAUUAGAAAUGUUACACAUCAACAAUCUACACACAACAGAGAGAAUAAAUUUUAAGAGCGACACAGAUAACGCAGCUUAUUGCUAUAGGCAUUUGACACAAAAGAAGAGAUCGUGCAAUAUGUAAACAAAAUCAGUGCAAUAUUAACAGCCGACGAUGAUAGUGCAUUCUAUCGUAGUUAUUAAGUUAACUUGACGAUUAUUGUUUACAAAAUAUUAUAUUAUCUUGUAGAUCCCCUGAAGAUGCAAUUUAUACAAUUGCGAAAUAUCGGAGAUCAAAAAUGAAAUAAAAUAAAAAACUGGCCUAAAGCUCAAAAAAACUCA